UGUGCCCCGAUGAGGGGCAUGUAGCAGUGCAAAUCCAAUGGAAAUUGGCCAAAAGUUGUAUAUACAAAACAAAUAAUCUGCUUUGCUUUCGUCCUCAGCUCUGCGUAAUCGUCUUCCACAACUGCCGUUGCUUAAGUUGUACUCGUGGUAAUAUGUUUACGCGACCAUUUCCUCAGCGACUCCGUAUCCGCGCGACCCAGGAAUCCGGUUCCAGGUUUUGAGCGCAGCCGCUCUCUCACAUCUCUGCUCAGCUCAUACAGAGAGAAAUCCCUCAGCCGCGGGCCGCUCUCUCUCCGGCUGGAACGGGACUCAACAAACCCGAAGAAGACGCGCAAAGGACUGAAAUAAAUAAAGAGGACUGCUUUUGCUUGUUUGUUUCCCUCGCGUUCCCUUUUUGCUUUUUUUUUCCAUUAGUUGCCUUGCGGAACAGGUCCGCGUCCCCCCUGUUUCUCUCCUCCAGCAGGACGGACGGACGGACUCUUUCACCGUACCCGCAUCUCUUCAUCCCGGCGCGGCGGAGCGCAGGUCUGAGCGCGGGUCUGCGGGAAUGUGAGCGCUCACACUCCGAUAAAGGCUCGGAUGAGCGGAGCAUGUGUGCGUUGUGCGCUGAGACGCGCUGCUCCUAUUAUAAGACCCGCUUGUAAUUGCCUCAACUGAUUAAUUAACUUUCCGUCUGAUUUUUCUGCAACUAUCCGCUCACUCACAAAAGGCUCGGAGGUCAAUGAUGGUUAUCUCUCAGAGUGACUUCCCCGGAUCGUUGUGACUACAGUGAUUUCGACCCAGACAUGUGGAAAGCGGAGAGUCCAGUCAGAGCCGGGAUGGGAUGUUCAGAAUGGAAGUCUUUGGUCCUCUGUGGCCUGGUGUUCGUCUUGACGGUCGUACAGAGUUCUGACGGGUUUAGCCGGGCAGCGAUGCCGUUUGGUCUGGUGAGGCGGGAGCUGUCUUGCGAGGGUUACCCCAUCGACUUGCGCUGUCCAGGAAGUGAUGUCAUCAUGAUCGAGAGUGCCAAUUACGGCCGGACAGACGACAAGAUCUGCGAUGCUGACCCCUUUCAAAUGGAGAACAUCAACUGCUAUCUGCCCGACGCGUUCAAGAUCAUGUCUCAAAGGUGUAACAACAGAACGCAGUGCAUCGUCAUCACCGGACCAGAUGUUUUUCCUGACCCCUGCCCAGGAACGUAUAAGUACCUUGAAGUCCAGUAUGAAUGUGUUCCCUACAUUUUUGUUUGUCCCGGAACUCUGAAAGCGGUUGGAGAUCCGUCGUUUCUGUACGAGGCGGAGCAACAAGCGGGGUCGUGGUGCAAAGACCCUCUCCAGGCAGGAGACAAGGUUUAUUUCAUGCCCUGGACCCCUUACAGAACAGACACGCUUAUCGAGUACAACUCGCUCGACGACUUUCAAAACUCUCGACAGACCACGACGUACAAACUCCCCCAUCGGGUCGACGGCACGGGAUUUGUGGUAUACGACGGGGCGGUGUUUUUCAACAAGGAGAGGACUCGUAACAUUGUCAAAUUUGACCUUCGGACCAGAAUUAAAAGUGGGGAGGCAAUUAUAAACAACGCCAAUUAUCACGACACCUCGCCGUACAAGUGGGGCGGGAAAACAGACAUCGACUUGGCGGUUGACGAAAACGGCCUUUGGGUGAUCUACGCCACCGAGCAGAACAACGGCAUGAUGGUGAUCAGUCAGCUCAAUCCCUACACCCUUCGCUUCGAGGCCACCUGGGAGACCACCUACGACAAGCGGUCGGCCUCCAACGCUUUUAUGAUCUGCGGGGUUCUGUACGUGGUCCGAUCCACGUACGAAGACAACGAGAGCGAAGUCAGCAAGAGCCUCAUCGACUACAUGUACAACACCAAACUGAACCAAGGCGAAUACGUCGACAUCCACUUCCCCAACCAGUACCAGUACAUCGCCGCUGUGGAAUACAACCCUCGAGACAACCAGCUGUACGUGUGGAAUAACUUCUACAUCCUCCGGUACAAUCUGGUGUUCGGUCCACCUGAUCCAGCUCACGCACCACCUAUCUCAGAGGCAUCCACAACACCCAAGCUGCUAAAACCAACAACCACUACAACAACCACUACUCAACCGAGAGGUCAGGUGACUACUGUUACCACUACAGGGACCAGAGCUGUUAAUAAGACACCCAAAUCACCAGCUGUACUUCCCCAAACCACCACACCUCCCUCACUGGAGUCUUUCCCUCCACCUGAGCGCUUCUGUGAAAGCGUAGAGCUUAGGGACAUACUGUGGCCGCAGACACAGAGGGGCAUGCUGGUGGAACGACCCUGCCCCAAAGGAACUCGAGGCACUGCCUCCUACCUAUGUGUUCUUUCCACUGGGACCUGGAACCCAAAAGGCCCAGAUCUGAGCAACUGUACGUCCCACUGGGUGAAUCAAGUCGCUCAAAAGAUCCGGAGCGGGGAAAACGCAGCCAACCUGGCGAACGAGCUGGCCAAACAUACCAAAGGAGCCAUCUUUGCCGGUGACAUUAGCUCUACCAUGAGGCUCAUGGAGCAGCUGGUGGAUAUUCUAGACGCUCAGUUACAGGAACUGCGACCCAGCGAGAAAGACUCCACCGGCCGCAGCUUCAAUAAGCUUCAAAAGCGAGAAAGGACGUGCAGGGCGUAUAUGAAGGCUAUCGUGGAUACAGUCGACAACCUCCUCAGACCGGAGGCUCUGAAAUCGUGGCGAGAUAUGAAUACCACGGAGCAGACGCACGCCGCAACUAUGUUACUGGACACCCUGGAGGAAGGAGCCUUUGUCCUUGCUGACAAUUUAAUGGAACCGGCCAUCGUGAAAGUACCAGCCAGUAAUAUAAUUCUGGAUGUUUACGUGCUGAGCACAGAUGGGCAGGUUCAAGAUUUCAGGUUUCCCCAGAGCGGCAGGGGUGGUAUUUCUAUCCAGUUGUCUUCCAAUACGGUGAAACUCAACAGUCGUAAUGGUGUCGCCAAGUUGGUUUUUGCCCUUUAUAAGAACCUGGGGCAGUUUCUAAGCACGGAGAACGCGACGAUGAAGCUCGGCCACGAGGCUAACGGACGCAACCUCUCCGUGGCUGUGAAUUCCGACGUCAUCGCCGCCUCAAUAAACAAAGAAUCCAGUCGUGUAUUUAUAUCGGAGCCUGUGAUUUUCACCCUGGAGCACAUCGACAUGCAACAUUACUACAACUCCAACUGCUCUUUCUGGAACUACUCCGAGAGAACCAUGAUGGGAUACUGGUCCACUCAGGGCUGCAAACUCAUCCACGCCAAUAAAAGUCACACCACCUGCUCCUGUAGUCAUCUCACCAACUUUGCGGUGCUCAUGGCUCAUCGAGAGCUGCUGGGUGUAGAUAAAGUCCAGGAGCUGUUGUUGAGCGUCAUCAGUCGGGUGGGUAUCGUGGUCUCCCUCAUCUGUCUGGCCAUGAGCAUCUUCACCUUCUGUUUCUUCCGUGGGCUGCAGAGUGACAGGAACACAAUCCACAAGAACCUGUGCAUCAACCUUUUCAUCGCUGAGCUCAUCUUCCUCAUCGGAAUCGACAUGACGGAGCCCAGGAUGGCCUGCUCCAUUAUUGCAGGAAUCCUGCAUUACUUUUUUCUGGCAUCUUUCGCAUGGAUGUGUUUGGAGGGGGUUCAGCUCUAUCUGAUGCUGGUGGAGGUCUUCGAGAGCGAAUAUUCACGCAGGAGGUAUUUCUACAUGGCGGGAUACCUCCUCCCCGCUGUGGUCGUGGGCGUUUCCGCCGCUGUAGACUACAGGAGCUACGGGACCAAGAAAGCAUGCUGGCUUAGGAUGGACAAUCACUUUAUCUGGAGUUUCAUUGGGCCCGUCACCUUCAUUAUUAUGCUCAAUCUCAUCUUCCUGCUCAUCACGAUGUACAAAAUGAUGAAACACUCUACAUCCCUGAAACCCGAUUCCAGCCGGCUGGAGCACAUCAACUAUGAAGAUAAUAAACCAUUUAUCAAGUCGUGGGUCAUGGGCGGCUUUGCUCUGCUGUGUCUCUUGGGCCUGACCUGGUCAUUUGGGUUGUUCUUCAUCAGCGAGUCGUCUGUCGUCUUAGCGUACCUCUUCACCAUCUUCAACACUUUCCAGGGCAUGUUUAUCUUCACCUUCCACUGCCUGCUUCAGAAGAAAGUUCGGAGAGAGUACAGCAAAUGCCUCCGACACACGUACUGCUGUAGCGGGAUCACGACAGAGAGCUCACACAGCUCCACAAAGACCUCAACAACACGGACAAGCGCUCGCUAUUCCUCUGGUACUCAGAGUCGAAUCCGAAGAAUGUGGAACGACACAGUCAGAAAACAGUCUGAGUCCUCUUUCAUCUCAGGAGACAUCAACAGCACAUCAACCCUCAACCAAGGAAUGACGGGCAAUUAUCUUCUUACUAACCCUCUUCUGAGACCACAAGGCACUAAUAACCCCUACAACACCUUACUGGCUGAAACUAUCGUAUGUAACACACCAACGGUGCCAGUCUUUCACUCUCCAGUGACCUACAGAGAGACAAGACACUCGGUGACCAGCGGCAGAGAUACGAACACGUUCGGGACUCUACCACUCAACGGCAACUUCAAUAACAGCUACUCACUUCAUAACUACAGCGACGGCGUGCAGGUGGUGGAUUGCGGGCUCAGUCUCAACGACACGGCCUUCGAGAAGAUGAUCAUCUCCGAGCUCGUGCACAACAACCUCAGGGCCGCCGAGUCCCGGAUCAGCACCAAAAAGGGGGCGGGGAUCAGCAGAGGGGAGGAGCCUGUGGUGGCGGAAACGUCCUCCCUGGUGCAGGUGGGCGGGGACAGCGAGAUGGACGGUCUGGGGCUGCACCACACGCAUCCCCGCACGCUCGAAGCCCCCCUCAUCCCCCAGCGAACUCACUCGCUCCUGUACCACACGCAGGAGAGAGCGAGGGCCGACACGGACGGAGGGCCUUCGCAUCCCCACAGCUACAUCGGCCAGCUCCCGCCUCCGGCCGAAACCGCCCUUCCCUCCCCCAACAGAGACUCGGUGUACACCAGCAUGCCAAACCUCAGAGACUCGCCAUUCUCCGAGAGCAGUCUAGACGUCGGCCAGGAUCUCUCGCCAUCCAAACACAGUCCGAGCGAAGACGUUUACUAUAAAAGCAUGCCCAACCUGGGGUCAGGCCAGCAGCUGCACGCAUAUUAUCAGAUGAGCAGAGACAGUAGCGAGGGCCUCAUCAUCCCCGUCUCUAAAGACGCCUGUGUCCCCGAGGGGGACGUACGAGAGGGACAAAUGCAGCUGGUCACAAGCCUUUAAAACUAACUGUAAGCACCGCCCACCAUGUACACAGCCCCGCCCAUCCACCGAUGGCAGAGUGGUCUUCCUUUUUUUAGCCUCCCACAUAACUGCACACAUAAUGGAGAAGUACCGCUGCUGUCCAACGAGUUACAGGCAGGCCCAGACAGAAUCUGCAGACUUUUUAAUCGCAUUUUUAGAUGGAAAUUGCAGUGGAAUGGAAGAAGUGGGUGAAAUGUGUCACAUAAAGCUUAUGCCUUGUUUUUCGGUAAAAAUGCUUUUAAAAGCACGUUUACUUGAACAGCAAAAACGCAGAAAACAUGAAACUUUUUUUUUUUCUUUUUUUUUUUUGGAAUUAUUAUUUUUUUCUUACCCCACUGGCAAUUUUUAUAUGAUUAUUAUUAUUAUUAUUGCUCAAAUUUACUGACUUCAAACAGGGUUUAACAACUGCCCUAUUUUUAUUUUUUAUUUUUUGGGUGGUUCCUGACUUCCCACCUUUUGUUCCUGGUCAAAAAUGCUAUAUGCCGUUAUCCUAUACUAUCACCAAAUCUCGGAUUCAGUUUUUUUGUCAACAUGUUUCUGUCAGUUAGCACAGGUUUUAAGUGAACUUUGCCAAAAUGAUCCAAAACUAAUGCUUUUCAUCCAAAAACUGAGGUGCAUAAGCCAGGGUUGCCAGGUCUUCAUAACAAAACCAGCCCAAAUGCUACUCACAACUAACCUAUUCAUGGCCAGAACAAGCCCAAUCAAGCCCAAAAUUUGAAAUCGGUUUGUGUGAUGGUCAAAAUCAUGCUGUGGGGGGGUACUUAUGUUUAUUUCAUACUACAUACAUAACUAAAGAAUAAGAAAUGAUCGGUUCAUGUGACGCUUGAACUGAGGUGCCACAGCGAUCUGUCACGACACAGAAGAGCCACAAAACAGUAUUUACUGUUUGAAUUUCUUAAAAAAAAAAAGACAAAAUUUGAAAGCUGAGACUUUGUUUCAUACCCAAAAUAACCUUUUUCUGACUUGUCUGUUGGCGCAUUGUCAGUUUCCUUAUUGUAUUUUUCACUGUGUAACAAAGGGGAGUGAGGGGUUUUUGCGAAGGGUCAACUAAAAGAAAACAAGUUGACAAAAAGAAUGAAUCCAGGAUUUGGUGAUAUUAUAGCAAAAGACAUUUCUAAGCAAUUUUAAAUGGCCAAUAACACCACAUUUGGUAAGGGAUUUUCAGCACGGAACAAGAGUUAAGAAGGUUUGUAAAAAAUCUUAAAUCAAGACAUAGUUCAGCAAGUAUACAGUUCUGUUUAAAUAAAUGUAUUAAGAAUUUUUACUGAAAAACAAGACAGAAGACACUAAUAAGCAAAUGCAUUUUUGUGAUUUUUAAUUGUUACCCUGUUUUGGUAGCUGAAUGUAAUCAAAUUAGCCACAAUUAUUUAAUAAACAAGCAAGGGUCAGAUAAAGUGUACAGUAGAACUUUGUGAAUGAGGGCCUUGCAAUGUUCUGCGGUUGCAGAUUCCGUGUGGGCCUGGUUAUAGGAAUACAGUUUCACAUAAAAAACAAAUAAAAUUAAGCCAAAAAAAAAAAAAGAAAAAAAAAAAGUCUCGUUCCAGUGCAUACGUUUCUCAAAGGAUGUACAUAUAUGUUCACAUAUUUCUCUUUUGAAUGCAGUUUUGCUUUUUCUUUUUUUAUUAUAUACAAAAAUGGAAUUUCCAGGACCUUUACACAUACAGUGAUUGAACUAAAGGAGUCCUGUAACACCCUUUACAAUCAUCAACAAAGUCCCAUAUGACCACUAGCAAACAAACCCCAGGCCUUAUAUUUUCUCAAUCAUACACGGAGCUGUCGAGGGUAAUGAUAUAACAUAGAACAAUAUAUUUUGUUGUAUUGAUUGUGUAAAAUAAAUUGCUAUAAAAUUAUCAAGAGCAACCCUAAAUGAAAAGCAAAUGAAGAGAUUUUGAACACGAGAUGACUAUGUAAAAAGUUUUGAAGCUCGUUUAUGAUGAUUGCUGGAUGACCACACGUACGCUGCAAAAGACAUCGAAAUUCCUCUGUCCUCUGUCCCGUUCACGAAAAUGGUUUUGCCGCUUCAGAUCAGUUCGUUUCAGUAGAUUCUGGUGUUCUCGUGCCUUGCACACAUUUAUUUUGUGCAAAUCUGUGCAAAGCAUGAAAAAUGUAGCGACUGAAGGCUGCAGCUGAGCAUGGAGGAGGACCUUCGUUUUUAAAGACAUAUUGCUGCAGCUGGGGAUGGAUAUUUAUUUAUUAAAUUAUUCUUUAAAAAUGAUACUUUUGUGAAUAUUUUACAGCACUGGUCGACGUAGUUCAUCCUCAUAAGCAUAAUUAAGAAACCCAUCUCUGAUAAACAUGUUAAGGAGCCCAUCUCUACAAAGGAUGUAAAGUUCUACACUUGUUUAACAAUAAAUAAAUGUG